AUGCUGGAAAUGAUACCCUUGGUUAUUGUCGAGGGCUUCCUUGGAGGAGCCGGCCCCUUCGUAUGGGGGAACUUCGAGCACUGUCUCAAUGCUUCCAGCUCGGAAACACGUCCCGUCUUCUUUGCCAGCGUAGGACCCGUAAGCUCCCUGCAUGACAGGGCCUGUGAACUUUACUAUCAGCUGAUGGGUGGAACAGUGGACUAUGGCGAACAACAUAGCAAAACUCAUAGACACGGUCGAUACGGCCGUAAGCACCGCCAAGGCCUAUAUCCGCAAUGGUCAAUAGAUAGCCCGCUUCAUUUCUUGGGCCACUCUAUGGGAGGCCCCACGAUAAUCAAGCUACAGUACCUUUUGAAACAAAGCUAUUUCGGAGGACGCGGCCAUCCCGAUAUGAUCUUGUCAGUCACUACCAUCUCUUCCCCUUUCAGAGGCACUCCUAUCGUCUACACUCUUGGUGAACAUAUAGACGCCGCACCUGCCGUGCGCCCUUGGUCAAUCGGGGAUCUCAUAGCAAAGUUUGUACAUAUAAUCGCAUACCUCAAACCGCUUUUGCCAGAAUCACUCGACAUCUGGCAUUCAGAAUGCCGUUCACUUUCAUUUCACGAAAUACCCUUCUCUGGAUUUCUCCGAGAACUAUGGAAGAGCUCUUGGGCAACAAGCCGAGACGCAGCUCCAUUUGAUGUUACUUUCAUGGCCGCAGACGAGAGAGAGGCUAAAAUGGAAGGCGAACCCAAUCCAGGGACAUUCUACAAGAGCUUUGCGGCAUUCAUGACGCAGAAAGACACUACUCAUACGCCAGCUUUCAAAUAUUCAAUUUCGGUCCUCCCCGUGUACCUGACAUAUCGGCUUAUCGCAAAGUUUGAUUUGAGCAGCGUUUUGCCCGUACCGUCAUUUCUUCAGGGCAGAGAUCUAGACGCAGAUACCCGUAUGAGCUGCGUAUGUGCAGGUGCCGAACGUAGUCAAAAUGGAUACGGGCCUAACGUUGAGGAAGGGUUAUACAUGAGAAGACUUUCGCCGUCAGAAAUAAGCGAUGAAUAUCGGGAAAAUGACGGUGUAGUACCGGUCUUUUCUCAAUGGCAUCCUCUACCAUGCAGAAUGACGAGGUGUCGGCAUUACCCUGUGGACCGACCCUCGAAACCUUCGGUUCCGGAACCUGGCGUAUGGCACACACAGGAAGUGGCUGACGCUACUCACGCUUCUAUCGUACCUUUUUGGUUGUCCACUUCCCGUCAAAGAGUGUUCUGGAUAGAGGUCGGUGACUGGCUAAGGAAGAUUGAUGAGGCCCAAGACCUGAGGAAUUAA